CUCAAAAAACCCAACUGGCACUCUCUCUCUCUCUCUCUCUCCCAAGAAUCUUUAGGAGCCCCUUCUCUUUCUCUCUCUAAAUUUCACAUUUUCCGGCAUAUGUUCUCCUCUGAAUACAUUAACCCCACCGGAAACCCAUGGAUUGCGGCGUGUUCACAGUGCAGGCAGUGUGCCUCAAAGGAGCAGUGCGGAGAUGGCGCCGACGCUCUGCGGCCUCGACUAUCCCUUACCGACAGAUCUCAUCUCUCGACUCGUACUUCUCGGACUCCGACGGAGAAUGGUGGCCGAAGAAAUUGGUGAAAGUGAUCGUCGGAAAAGAGAGGAGAGUCUUCGAGGUGGACGCCCAAGUUCUUGAAGAAGACCCAUUUCAAAUUCUCAUGGGGAGAAACAAGAGAGAGAAAGAGAGCAGAGAUAGUAACAAUCCGAGAAGAGAGAGAAAGUAUGGUGAAAAUGGUAAGAUAUUCGUUGAUUGUGAUGCGAUUUUGUUCGAGCAUUUCCUGUGGUUGCUGGACAACGAUUGUACAGCGCUAUGGAAGAUGAAUUUAGAGGAGAUUAUAGAGUUUUAUACCCAGGAUCCUUCCUGAUGUUUAGAGGGAGAGGAAAAAAAACUCUCUUUUUUAGAGAGAGAAAGGGAGAAUCUGCUUAUUUCCUUUGACAAUAUUUUAAUUUCUUUUUUUUUUAAUAAUGGAAAAUCUUUCCCUGUAAAUGAAGGAUGAAAUAAUUGUAAUUGUCAUUGUAGUUUUUUGGGGAAAGCCCAAACAUUUUUAUAUCUGUGGAAGGAGAACAAUUAAAUUA